AUGUCUUUCUUCACCAGAGUUUUGACGAUGAAAUGCAAGCAGACACUUGAAUGUGAGAGGACUUACUUUUACCAGGCGCUUCUGGCCAGCAGCAGGUUUCCCGGGCAGCCGCGGCCGUGCAGCAGCCAGCCGCUGGAGGUGCGGAGCAGCCCGCGGGCAGCGGCGGGGAACAAAGGCGAGGGGCGCGGAGCGGAGCUGCUGCGGCCCCCCCCGCGCCGCCUGGGCAGGGUGAAGAGCCUGCACGAAAUGCCCGGCCCCAACACCCUCUACAACCUCUACGAGUUCUUUUGGAAGGACGGCUUCGGCCGCAUUCAUGAAAUCCAGCAAAAACACACUCAGGAAUACGGAAAGAUCUUCAAGUCUCACUUUGGUCCCCAGUUUGUUGUAUCCAUUGCAGAUCGAGACAUGGUUGCUCAAGUGCUCCGAGCAGAAGGCAGAGCACCACAAAGAGCCAACAUGGACUCCUGGCAGGAGUACAGAGAUUUACGGGGCAGAGCCACGGGGCUCAUUUCUGCGGAGGGGGAGCAGUGGCUAAAAAUGAGAAGUGUUCUGAGGCAAAAAAUUCUGAAACCCAAAGAUGUGGCUGUUUACUCUGAAGGAGUCAAUGAAGUUAUCACAGACUUGAUUAAAAGAAUCCAUACCCUCAGAAGUCAAGAGGAGGAUGGGGAAACAGUGACCAAUGUUAACAACCUUUUCUUCAAGUAUUCAAUGGAAGGGGUGGCGACUGUUCUGUACGAAUGCCGGCUGGGCUGCCUGGAAGACAACAUCCCACAGCAGACUGUUGAAUAUAUUGAGGCUCUGGAAUUGAUGUUUAGCAUGUUUAAGACUACUAUGUAUGCAGGUGCUAUUCCCAAAUGGCUUCGUCCACUUAUUCCAAAACCCUGGAGAGAGUUCUGCAGAUCCUGGGAUGGACUCUUCAAAUUUAGUCAAAUCCAUGUUGACAACAAAUUGAAGGCUAUUCAGUCUCAGCUGGACCAAGGAGAAGUAGUGAAUGGUGGGCUACUUACACACCUCCUAGUGAGUAAGGAACUUACUUUGGAAGAGAUCUAUGCCAACAUGACUGAAAUGCUUCUGGCAGGAGUGGACACAACUUCUUUCACUUUGUCCUGGGCCAUAUACUUGUUGGCAAAGCACCCAGAGGUGCAGCAACGUGUUUAUGAGGAAAUAGUCAAUAAGCUGAGAAAAGAUCAAGUUCCAGUGGCUCAUGAUGUCCCAAAAUUGCCUUUGAUUAGAGCUGUUCUGAAAGAAACCUUGAGGUUAUAUCCAGUAUUGCCAGGAAAUGGAAGAGUGACCCAAAAAGACUUGAUCAUUGGAGGAUACUUGAUACCUAAAGGGACCCAGCUGGCACUUUGUCAUUAUGCUACUUCAUACAGUGAAGAAAAUUUCUCAGCAGCAAAUGAGUUCCGACCAGAGCGCUGGCUGAGGAAAGAUAAUUUGGACAGAGUAGACAACUUUGGCUCCAUCCCCUUUGGUUAUGGCAUUAGAAGUUGUAUAGGAAAAAGAAUUGCAGAGCUGGAAAUCCAUCUUGCACUGAUUCAGCUACUUCAGAAUUUUGAAAUCAAAAUUUCUCCCAAAACUGAACCAGUUCAUGCCAAAACUCAUGGACUUUUGACUCCUGGAAAUUCCAUCAAUGUCAGAUUUUCUGACAGGAAGUGAAACUCAAAUGUUUUGGAAGUCCUUAUACAAUUUUCAUGGAAACAGGUUUGGAUUUUGUGGAAGUUUAAAAUAUGCUUGUUCUCUGGUUUGCAGGUAUUUAACAAUAUCACAAAGUAUUAUGUGCUGCCUUAGUUCUAGCAGUACAUAAGAGCAAUUACCUCUCCCAUAACAGUUAAUUACACAUAUGAAAAUAUGUACCAAAAAGAUUCCUUCUUGCACUGGGAAUCUCCUUUUAUCUGGGAGAAUUCCUUGUAGCAACAACACAUGCAUUGAAAAAAGCCAACCAAAAGUCAAUUCAGACAUGUCAGUAUCAUUCAAUUGUUUUGUUACGCUGCUACUAAGUGAGUGUAUUUAAGAGCAAGGGGAUUAUUAUGUAAUAUGUCAAAAUUGGCUGCAUGUGUAAGUUUGUAUUUUCCUGUUUCUUGUCCUCCAGUGUUUUUUAAAAGUUUCCAUGUAACAAUGAAAUUGUGAGAUAAUUUUCUUAAUAUGUGAAAACAUUUACUCUGCAUGUAUUAAAAAGAAAAAAUCCAGUAAUAUGAAAAGUAAGGAUAGAAAAAAUACAACUUAAAUCACGUUGUUUAAACUUGAAAUACAGAACAUAUACAAAUUUAGCUAAACAUAAUCCCCAUAAAAUAUUUCUAUAUAGUUUAAAAAAUGGAAAGUCUUAAAAAUGAAAGUUUAAAUGUCACAUUGGAAAGCUUGA